AUGUCUUCGCCAACAUCUUCACCGCCAAGUUUACAAUCAGAUCAUGAACUAGAAGAUUCGAGAGACUCUGCAUCAACAAAAUUCACUGGAACAGUUACGCCGAAAUAUAAUGAAAUUCAAUUCAUAGAUGCACCUCAUGAAAGCGAUGGUAAAAAUAAUACUAUAACAUCACAUGGAGUAAAGGAUAUAUUGUCAGAAGGUAUAACUUAUAAUGCUGUUGAUAAUACUUUUGAUUGCAAACCAGAAAUUAUAGCGUCAAUACCUCAAUCUUUUGUACAAGAUUACAAUUCAAGAGAUUCAACUGGAUUUAGCAUUCACGAUAUUCUUGGAAUACAACAAUCAUAUAACUCAACCAAUGUUCAGGAAGAUUUAGAAGCAAGAUAUGACUACCAGAUACCAAACUAUGAAAACAUAAGCAAUAGCUCCAUCAAUAACUAUGGAUCUGGUACUGAAGAAAUAAUUUCAGAUGAUUGCAUUGACAAAAAUGACAACAUAUUUAGCUCUUCUACGCAAGUUGAUUCUCAAGUUAUCAAUAGUAAUAGAAGCUAUGUCAUUAAUGAACCAGUCCGCUAUCAUUCAAGAAGUGGUUUAGCCAGCAAUAUUAUAAAAGAUCCUGUAAGAGAAAUCAACGAAUUACACGAAUCUAGUUUUCCCAGUCAGAAUCUGUCAUGGGCUAACAAGUCUCCUAAUCAAAUUCUAAGUACUGGAUCUUCAAUAUCAGGCAACGAAAUGUCAUCUGAACCGUCAUCUUAUCAAAAAGGUUUCACUAAAAGAGCUCGGACAGCCUACACAAGUUCACAAUUGGUGGAGUUAGAGAAUGAAUUUCACCAAAACCGAUAUCUUUGUCGUCCCAGACGGAUAGAACUAGCCAACUAUUUACAACUAUCCGAGCGACAAAUCAAGAUAUGGUUCCAAAACAGACGAAUGAAAUAUAAAAAGGAUAAUAAACACAAUAAGCCGUCCUCAUCAGUAGACGAUAGUAGUCCGUCUAGUUCAAAAGAGCUUUCACCGAGUCAAGAUCAUAAAAUGAGCCACGGAAGAAGCUGUGGAGGACACGAUAGACAUAGACGUCUACUAACAGAUAGUCACGCCAGUCAUCACAAAGCAUUUGUUGCGCCCAACGAUAUUCUCUCAAAACCUCCAGAAUAUUCUACAAUUAGUGCACUCAAGUCUGUAAUAAAACCUACUCAGAAUACUAUUGAGCUUCCGUCGUACACGCCAAAUUUGUCUUAUUCAUCGUAUUAUAGUGCAGGAACAAGCAGAGCCGGUUACUCACCUUUAUCCGAAGUUUAUCGGUACUCGAACGAUGAGUCAUUGCAACCAAAUUCUAAUACCCUACCGACGCUACCGUCAGAUAGCUACGUGCCUAACGGUGUCAACUUAAAACUCAAUGAUGACAUAACACGAUACACUACGGCGUCUCCCUAUUAUAAUCCUUUGCCCACUGCAGUUAUGAUGCCUCCACCAACAACUGAUGCUUAUGGAUUCACUUCGACAAUGCCAUCUAUACCAGCCCCUACGUACGAUGAUAGCAGCGUACAUUCUAGAGCUUCAAGUUUAUCUCUCACUCAGGAUCCUUAUUAUUCCUAUUUAACCACCCCUGAUCCUGCUAAUCAACAUACUUCUACAUCAAGUAGCAAGUACUCAUCGUACAUAUCUCUCUGA